CUCCCCCAAGCCAUGAUCCUAACGUCUUCCUACUCUCUCUUGCACACUCUGUCGCGCCCAUCCCCUAGCUGGGACCGGUUUGCCGCUGCGGUGACGUAUUGAUUGCUGGGUCGACAUUCCUGACUCCCACCACCACCUCCCCUCCCUCAGAUGAUCACAAUGAGUUUUCGAGAAAAAGUACGCAAGGUCUUCCGUCGGGAUGCCAACCCCAAAUCCAAUGCCUCCACCUCCGGAAUUAAGAUUGAAUAUUACCGCCGCGGAGAGAUCCCCCCCUCCAAGUUCAAGGGUCCUUUCGACAAGGAACACCAGCGACGAUUAGCCGCUUGGUCGUUCCAGCAGGCCCAGGCCGAUCGUCCGCGUUCCAUUGAUCUAUCGCUCUCCCCGUGUGCCACCCUUCCAGAUUAUCUGAACCAGGCUCCGUCGCUAGUGUCCGGCCUGUCUGACGGAGCCACUGCCUCGAUUUAUCACGACGAGUUUGCCCGCGAUCGCCAGGGAACAACCACAGGAUCGCUGUCCUCCAUUACCGCCGUCGACCCUGAAAGCUUUAGCGACUCGACCAUGACCCUCUUUCUGGAUCCUCUCGAGGACGAUCUGAUUAUCAACGUCAAGAACUCCGUCCGUCACACCUCGUCCCCGAUCAUCCACACGGUCUCCUCGCCGCCUCUCCCGGUCAAGGGUGCUCCGAUGCCUUUCACACCCGAGGAUCUUACACGAGCGUUGAACGCAGUGCAGAUCUAUACGUAAACCCCGAUAUUUCUUUUUCUUUUUUUUCUUUUUUUUGAUGAUGAUAAAAAGACUUCUAUUAUUACCCUCUUCUGUGAAGACUUCGUUUCAUGUCACGUGAUUUCACCGCGAACACGGCCGAUGACCAGUCAUUUGCAAUCUUUUUUUCUUUUUUUGCGGGAGAAUGUCCGCGGAUCCUUCCCGGCCUCCAAUUUGCGAUAUGCAGACUGGUUCACCCUGAAUUCCUGGGUCGUGGCCUCGUGGUCCAGAAUUAUUCUCACCCCCCCAAUACGACUCAUGUUUCCACUUUUCUCCUGGACUUUUUUCUUUUUCUCUUAUCUUGCAUGGCGACUGAGCGAAUACCCGUUCCCAGAAUUUUUUGUUCUCUUUCGAUGACUAGAAUUGCCUCCGACGAGGUACGGCAUUAUGUAUUGUAUCUGGUGACUAGAGAA